UUCAUGUGUACACGUACACGUACACGAACAUUGUAGGCCCAGUAUAUGUUCGAGUACCGUUCUGACUUGUGCCAGUAAUAAUUAUCUGCUGUGUUCGAGGAGACACGCAAGGGACUGGUGUAUUUUUGUAAAUAUUCGGAAGGACAAAGUCUAAGAAAUAAUGUCGGAGAAGUCGGAGACAAAAGUGUAUACCUUAGAAGAAGUUAACAAGAACAAAACCAGCCAGUCAAUAUGGGUGGUGAUUCAUAACAAAGUCUAUGAUGUCACGAAGUUCUUGGACGACCAUCCUGGAGGUGAAGAGGUCCUUCUUGAACAGGGAGGAGCGAACGCCACAGAAUCAUUUGAAGAUGUAGGCCACUCAUCAGAUGCCAGAGAACUCAUGAAAGACUAUCUGAUUGGUGAUCUGGCCGAGGCGGACUGGGAAACUUCAAUAAAGACAAACACAGGACCUAAUGCGCCCGAAGCACCAUCAGGAAGUAAUUUAGCCCAGUGGAUCAUUCCGACCAUCGUUGCUCUGGGGGUGGCUCUCCUUUACCGCUUCUACAUUGCCGGGAAUUGAUGCAGGGACCAGGCAAGGCUUGUUGAAGGGUACCGGUAACUUUUAUCUCCUCACAGCUCCUACUACUCACAAAGCAAGACUACCAAUGAAAUUGCUAGAAACCUUUUGUUACAAAUGAAAGAAGCCUUGGGCUUAUGUACAUGUAGAUCAUACCAGUAUCGACAAUAUCAACUUGAAUGACGUCCAAUAAUGGAAGAGAUCUCAUUUAUGUACUCCUCUGUGCUUGGAUUAUUUUUAUACUCUCCCUGAACUAGGCAGAGUCUAAAGAAAUAAGGUUUUGGGGGUACAUUUCAGAACCCUGUUUGCAUGGAAUCAUGUGACGCCAGCUCAUCAGGACUGGACAAACAAUAUGAAAUACCUGCGCUUAUAUUGCAAUGAAUUUCACUGUGGAAUUGAGUUCAUAUUUGAAUUCCUGAUGUGGAAACUCAAUUGUUGAAGUGAAUUGGGUCAUACCAUGACGUUGGGGCACAAGUUGUGAUGGUGUCCAAUUGUUACUUGGAGUCCGUAAAAUGAACAGCUGCACAUAUUUCCCUGCAUGUGGAUUCCAAAUUGACAUUGUUAUGCAUCUUGCAGCUUUUUGCAAAGCUGAAUACAGAGGUGUGUGUUAUUUUUACAGAGUAAAUGACCUACUUUUACAGGUCAUGACAGGUGGUAAAAUUACCCAUGUAACAAGGACACCGUCACAAAUUGUGCCCCAGCCUUAGGGAGUGACGCAGUUAAAACCUCCAUUGUUAAUGAUAUACCAGGAUGGAUUUGUGUAAAGAAUGCUACUGUCCAGCUCUUUAGACACUGAACUUUGCCUAGGCUAUGGGGGAGAUCAGGAGGAGACACUUGUACAAGUGUUAUUAUGUAUGUUUUGUUAAAAUUGUACCCAUAAUUGUGUGGUAGGGAGACCUGUACUUUUUUUGGUCAAAGCAAUGCAGGAUGGAAUUGGACUAAGUUUUAGUUUCAAGAAGAAUAAAACCUGGACCAGAAAUGUAAUUUAGCAAAUUCACAGCUUAUCUAAGAUUCAUUUCGUUUGAAUAUUCAGUGGAGGGGAUUGUGAGAGUCUUUAAAAAAAUGAACAUGCAAAUAUAUAGCAGAGCGUGGCUGCGCUGUACAUGUACAUGUGAUGUCAUUGUAGCUGCUGUGAUAUGUUAGUAUGAAAAAUUGUAUUUAUCAAUCACUGUAUGUCGGAUGCCUGGAAAUGGGAAAGAUUUUGGCCAUGUGAAUAGAAAUUUGCAGUUGAAUUUGCAUGAAGAUAUAUAGAGGAUUGGACAUUAUUAUUUCUUGGGGCUUUGGUCUGUGAAGGAUGCAGUUAAAAAGGACAUAAUGUUGGAACUUCAUCAAAUAUGCAUUGUAAUAUGAAUGCAUAAUUGAACAGCUGCAUUUCAUGAGUCUGGAAUUUGUCAAUUAUGGGAAGGAGGAGUAUUUGUUUUUUACAGAGGAAAUAAAAGCAAGUGCACUCUCCACUGUUAAUUUUUUUGGUAAUGCAAAAAUAUAGGAUGAGAGAAGAACUGAAAAUGGCAAUAAAACAAUGUAAACCCAACGCAAAAGGGAAUUAAGUUGUUUGGAUGAAACUGUCAACCAACGUGUCAUGAAAUUGUCAAUCAACGUGUCAUGAAAUUGUCAACCAACGUGUCUGAGAAAAUGUGAAUGCACAGGCCUACAAUUGAAUUCACAGCACAUUGGUACAUGUAUGUCGCAAUUUUCUAAGUAAAAAAAAAAUGGUUCAGCAAAAUCAAAAUAAUUUCACCAGUCCCAAAUUGACAUCUUCUCAAAAUUCUUAUAACUUGUGAUUUGGUAUUUGACUUGGACACGAGGUCAAUACAUGAGAUAAAUUUGGCAGACUCCACCAAUUUUUGGAUAGAGAUGACAUUUUCACAAAAACUUUUUAAUUAAUUGUUCAGUUGGCAAUUGUUUUUCCUUGUUUUUCAGACACAUAAAUUCAAAUGUAUGUACACAUGUACAUGUAUAUAUACCGGUACAUUUCAUCCUGGAGGGGUGUAGCAUUUCUACUUCGGUGAAGUUGUGUCCCGUGAACCUGCCAAACUUGUGUGUCAAAGAGGUGGAGUGCUAGAAAAAAACAUUGAAACUGACUCCAUGCACUUUUUUUGUCAUUUGUUGCCCGACAACUUUUUCACUUUCAUAUUGCUCCUAAAUGGAAAAUGCCUUACGUGAAUUUAUUGAUGCUGUUAAUUGGAGUUAUUAUUGCUCAGCAUCUAUCCUAAGUUUGGUUACUUUCUUAUAAUUCUGUCUUUUUUUCUGAUGGUUUUUGUCAUGCAAUGAGUUUUUGGAUACCAGAAAGGGUCUUUGUCAUCUGGAAAUUCGAGAGGGAAUAUAUACUAGGCGUCUGCGUGCUGAUGAUGACAGUUGUAAUUAACUGGUAGUUGUAGGAAGUUACAUGGGCUAGUCACUUGUACUUUUCAUCCGCUUCAGUUUGUAUUCGUUAUGUAAAAAGCUUUCUUUGCUACAGUGAAACAAAUUUUUCAAACGUUUUGAUAUAGUAGGACAUGCUGUUGAUGGAGGCAUAAAGACUGGUAUUCAGUUGCAGAAAUAACACAGUGGGAGAAAGAAAUGUCAGUGGGACUUUGUUGAAGAAAAUAUUGGCCAAACAAUGUUGUGAAUGCAUUUAUGAUGUGAAAUUAUUCAACAGAAUCCAGUUUGGUAAUUUUUUUUUAAUUUUGUGAAAGAGUGUGGUGGAGCUGAAUAAAAUGAUUUUAUCUAGAGGAUCAGAAUACAA